AGCGUCGAUACAAACAAGGAUUUGGUGACCAUUCGUAGCAAAAGGUCGCUUGGAAGAAAACGUGUUUAAAGUUAAAACAUAAAGUUCGUGUUUAUUGUAAUUACAAAAUAAAGUACCACUUUUAAACAGUGGGUGAAAUGGCUGUCCUAUAAUCACAUGGCAAAGAUAAAGGCAUUGAUUACAUCACGAGGUUGAUAUUGAAAUUGUAGAAUCCUGAUAUGUACAGUUGGUUUCAAGAAGCAUUUAACGAAUGAAUAGAGUUUUCACGUUGCUAUUACUAAAUAUUUUAUUUUCUUCCUGGUCAAAAUCGAUUCGUUUCAUCGUGUUUUUAUCUGAGAUAUUCAGUGCAUACUUCUUCCAAAUCGAGUUGAAGCCGCAUACACAAUUAUAUGGAUACAAUGAAAAUUCAACAUUGCGGUAGAGUUUAAACACUGAGAACACAUCCGUGAUAACAAAGAAACUGAAAUGGCGGAUACUGAUCGUGUGAAUAAGUUUCUCCGGUUGCGAGAGGCGUUGAAGGACAAGGUCAAGGACAACCAGGUCAUGAAUCUUCUGUGCCACUGUGACUGGGACGAUGAGGAGGCGCUCAGGAUCUUCACGGAAGAGCGGGGUAAAGCAAUCGCUAUCAUGGGAGAGCCUGAUGACAAGGCUAUCAAUCUGGCUGACCUUGGGCGAGACUAUUCCAUUGAGAUUGAUUUCGAGGUGGAUGUCCGUCAGUUCAGCUGUAAGGACUGCGACCACAUGUGGUGGCGCCGAGUACGCGCCAAGAGACCGAUAUCGACAUGCUUUAAAUGCAAUAAACGCUUCAAUGCUCUAUCACGAGAUAAGGAAUACGGAUGGGCGAAGUUCAAUUGUUCGAAAUGUGGACGGGAAUACCAUGCUUUCGGCGCUAUGGACAUCAGUUCAUUACGUGCCGGUCUAUACGGGAAAAGUGAAAGCAUUUGUCAUGGCGAAAACCGUCAAUGUGGUAACCUAUGUGAGCCGACAAGUGUCAUUCGUCCAUUGCGAGGCCAUUACAAGACGGGCAAGGAUGAGGAAUACUUAAGUGACCAAGACGAUUGGGGAAGAGGCCGCGGCGGGUAUGGCUAUGAGAAGAGACGAUGGAAGAAAAAGAAAGACACACAUCAAUGCACAGCCAGCAACUGUUUUCAGAAAAUUGGUGUAGGUCCAGGUUGCCCUCUGGUUGAAAUCUGCGUACACCCAAAGUCUUUGCCGCGCAGAGUAAUCGAAGCAAGCCCGGAGCACUUUGACACGGAAAUCCCCGUGAGGCCGUUCCUAGACCAGUCGGUCCUCGCCUCUCCCUGGGGAGACUCACCCUACAACCCGCCGACAUUUGAGUGACAGGGGCUUCAUGUAUUUUUAUUGAAUUUGGUUGGAGAUUGCGAAUAAAUCUAAGUUUUU